AUGAACACUGACAACGUUGAACAGUAUCUCCGUGAUAAUAACCAUCAUCAUGUUCUAUUUAAUUAUCGUACCGUCAAGAAAUAUUACCUUCGUACUGAGCUCGUUCGCCUAGAUAUUCGUUUUCUAAAAUCCUGUAGAACCAAAGAUAUUAUACCAAAAUUCUUACAGUUCAAGACUGCAAAUCAGAAUCUAGGUUCAUCAGCAACGUACAAGGAAUGUCAACGUCGUUUAUUAAAAGCUGAGAUUGAUCAUAAAUAUCAACAUUUUAAUAAACUGAAAAAAAUGCAUCAAUCUUCGAUUAUUUCACUUCAACAGUGCUGUCCUGGAGAUUUAUUUGAGAGAUUGCAAAAAAUAAUUAUUGACGUCUGUAGUCCACUUAUUAAAUCAAAAGAACAAACUGUUGAAGACAAACUUUAUCGUCAUACUUUACUUACUGAAUCACAACAUAAAUUCAAUCGAAAAGUUGUUAGGAAUCUUUCAACACGAAAAUUAUCGGAUGAUGAGAUCGGUUGUCUUGCUAAUGGUCUAGAUUAUGGGUUAGUACCCAAACGUUUUGAUGAGAUGAGUGCUGUGGGAAACAUUGAACAGUUUUUCCAUCGCGUCACCGAUAUAUUUCAACAUCAUAAAAAGCUUAUGGCUGACCUGAAAGACAAAGAUCCAGUCAUUUCGAAUGAUAUUCGUGUUCUCAGUACGAAAGAGAUGACUUUGGCCAGUCAUCUCCGUAGUUUAACUGACACUUUUCAGCAUCAAGCAAACAAAUACCGAAAAAAACAAUUCCUCAUACGUGACGAACAAAGACAAUCAUAUAAACUAUUAAACUCAUUAAGUCAAAACGAAUCACUUGUUAUUACUCGUCCUGAUAAAGGUCGAGGCAUUGUUAUAAUGAACAAAAGUGAUUAUUACUCAAAAAUGGACGUGAUCCUUAAUGAUUCGACUAAGUUUAAAUGCCUUUCUUAUGAUCCUACCAUUGAAAGAGAACGUCGUUUGAGAAAUUUGUUAUAUAGACUUAAAAAACAAUGUCUUAUUUCUGAGCAAUUCUGGAAUACAGCAAAACCGACCGGAUCAAAGCCUGGACGUCUCUACGGAUUACCAAAAAUACAUAAGGAUGAUAUCCCUCUUCGGCCUGUUCUAUCAUCCAUCGGUACCUACAACUAUGGUCUUGGUAGGGCUCUAAAAGUCAUGAUAUCAAGCAUGUUACAAAAUGAGGCAGUCAUUAAGGAUACAUUUCAAUUUAUUAGCGACUUAAAAUCGAUACCAAAGGGAUUUUCAAGAUAUAAGAUGGUUUCAUUUGAUAUUACAAGUUUAUAUACAAAUAUACCUAUUGAUGAAACUAUUAAACUUAUUUUGAAUUAUUUUUAUGAUAUUGAAGCACAACCAUCAAACACAAUUAAAAGAAGAGACAUGCAGAAAUUAUUAGAUUUUGCAACAAAAUAUUCUCAUUUUCUCUACAAUGGUAAAGUUUAUGAUCAGAUAGAUGGUGUUUCUAUGGGAUCGCCUUUGGCUCCACUUCUAGCUGAAAUCUUUCUUCAAGACUUUGAAAAGAAACAUUUACCAAGAUUUAAAAAAAUGGGUAUUCUGUACUGGAAACGUUAUGUGGAUGACACCUUUGUAAUACUUAAGCCCGGUGUUUCAGCAAAGAAUAUCUGUGCUAAAUUAUCACAAUGCCAUCCAGCCUUAAAAUUUACUGUUGAAGAGGAACGAUUACCAAACGAAGAAGAUAAAAAGAAGAUAACCCAUAAGGUUAAAAAUUAUUAUUCAAAGAAAAAAGAAAUUCCAAAAACAGGAGAAGCUGCAAAAAAA